UCUGAUACGUGAUACGCGUGUAUCGGUAUUGAGAAUGAAAUAAUUGCGGCUGGAGUGCUUAAAUUUGGUUUGGUUAUUAUGAUGCGAUUUAAUUUUAUGAUGUGAUGCUAAUUAUAUUUAUCUUUUUUUCCUUAUAGGUAUUACAAUAAGAACAACUUACAAGAGAACCUGUAGCCCCGCUCUCCCCUACAUUACGUCACUUGUUUCUUGGGCGGCAUGUUUAACAGUUAAUAACUGGCUGCUAUCACAACACAUGACAGUAACCGUGUGAAUUUUGCCAAGAUACGUGGUCCUUUAAAGGCGAAUUCACAAUGUUGGUGUUAGCCCUUAUAUUCGUAUGUGUCGUUGUAUACUACAUACGUUUCAGACAUAUGCGAAAACAUUUGUAUCAAAUUUCGGAAAUCUUACCAGGUGUCGGAGAGCUUCCGUUGAUAGGUCACACGCAUUGGUUUAUUGGUGGUCCUGAAAAACUGUUAAAAAAUAUACAAGAGUUGGCAGAGCUUGUUGAUUCAUCCGGUGGUACUAGUAAAGUAUGGAUUGGUCCUUCAUUGUAUUUUGUAACUUUAAAUCCUGACGACGUUCAGAAGAUAUUAGAAAACUGUUUGGAGAAAGAUGGUUCUUACAAAUUUCUGCAACAGUGGUUAGGAGAUGGUUUAUUUGUUGCUCCAGUGGACUUAUGGAAAGUUCAUCGAAGAGUGCUUCUACCAAUAUUUCAUAACAAAAUAUUAGAAGACUUCGUGCCGGUGUUUGGUCAACAAGCCUCCAUACUUGUGAAGCGACUGGAGGAGCAAGUUGGCAAGCCCGACUUCGACAUCUUCAAAUACAUCACGUCUUGCAUGCUAGACAUUGUUUUCGAAACCGCCAUGGGUGAGAAAAUGGAUGUCCAACAUAACCCAGAUACGCCGUACCUGCGCGCGCGCAGUUGUGUCAUGUCCAUCAUCAAUAUGCGACUGUUCAAAGCCUGGCUGCAACCGGACGCACUCUUUAAGCUUACGCCCUAUGCAAAAAUUCAACAGGAAAAUAUCGACUACACUCACAAAUUUACUGAUGAGGUAGUCAUGAAAAAGAAAGAGCAAUGCGGUUCACAGGACCAACAAAAAGAAGGAAAGAAGGACCUACUAGAGUUGUUGUUGCAUAGGGAAAUAAAGUUCACAAAUGAGCAGCUCCGUGAGCACAUAGACUCUAUAACGAUAGCAGGCAACGACACUACGGCAUUGGUGAUCGCCUACGCACUUCUGCUGCUGGGCAGCCACGAGGAAGCUCAAGACAUAGUUGUUGACGAAUUGAAUUCUAUAUUCGGGGAGUCUGAUAGAGCACCUACGAAAGAAGACAUAAAUAAAAUGCACUAUUUGGAACGAGUGAUCAAAGAAACAAUGCGCCUGUACACAGUUGUUCCUAUAAUUGGUAGAAGAACGCAGAAGGACAUUAAACUAACAAACUUCACGUUACCGGCGGGCGUGGGAUGCGCCGUGGCUCCAUUCGUGAUGCAUCGCUCUAAGAGGCUGUGGGGCCCCACUGCCAACUGCUUCGACCCAGACCGGUUCCUGCCCGAGAACAGCGUGGACAGGCACCCGUGCGCAUUCAUACCCUUCAGCUUCGGUUCCAGAAACUGCAUUGGUCGCCAUUUUGGGAUGAUGGUGAUGAAAAGUGUUCUCGCCACGAUUCUUCGAGCUUAUAAAAUAAGAUCAAAGGCGAUAAACCGUCUGAAAAUCGAAAUCUUAUUAUUUCCCGUACCUGGCCAUAUGGUUUCCAUAGAAAAACGAAAUAAAUGAUUGAAACACUUAUUUAUUUAGCAAGGUGGCAAGCUUAAGUCACGACACUGACCUAAUGGCGUUCUGACUCCCGUCGAAGCAACACGUGCUCAAUCUGAGCGAUCGUUGUAAGAUUUUAAAGGUUUUAUUAUUAUUAAGUGAUAAAACUGUAAGUAAAACUAUUUUAUUUAACGGUUUUUGCCGUUCGUGUUAUUCCAAAUAGGUACUUUACGUAUUAAAAGUGAAGGCCGUAAGUAAAACUAUAAUUCUUUUUGAUACUUUACUGGUUUUUUACUGGUUUUAUGUAAUUAAAUUAUUAUAUAUAGUGCCUAAAGUUAUUAAAAGAGCUGCCCGGGGAAAUUAUUUUUUAAAAUUUUUGAUCUUUCCAAUACCGCCUACCCUAAGGAGCUUCUUUCCUGAAAAGCGCUUUAUAAAGUUUGUUACUAGUGAUAAUAUGGUUUAUGAUAGUAUGAGGAUCUAAGCUCAAAAUUGUUUAAUUUUAAACAUACAUAUAGAUUAAUACAUAUAGAUUUCAAUAGGCGGGCGGUCCACAUAAUAUUGGAUAUUAUUAUAUUAAUUUUAAGUUAUUUAUUAAAAUAAAUUGACUGUGAAAACCUACUUUGAUGUUUUAUUUUACAAGCUUUUAUUUAACUUACACUGUUCGUGAUUCUUCAAAGCUUCACAAUUUGUAAACCAUUAUUCCACCACUUCUUGUUAUCUGAUUUAGCUGAAAUUCGGCAUACUUGUAUAGUACUUAUAUAGUAAGUAAGCCAGCAGGAAUCAGAGACAGCCCAACUGUUGCAACAUUUAAAAAACGAACAGUUGAAGGAACACCAUCUAUCCUCUUGAAUCACUGUUUCUGAACUAUAUUGCUUUUCC